UCUCUCCGCAGUCCGCAUUGGCGGUAAUCGAACCGAAUCGAACCGAAGGACGUGUUUCGCAUCAGAAGCAGAGCGACGAAGAGAGCAGAAGCAGGAAAUGGGUGUUCAGGGCCUGUGGGAACUCCUUGCCCCUGUCGGCCGUCGUGUCUCUGUUGAAACCCUCGCUGGCAAAAGGCUCGCCAUUGAUGCGAGCAUUUGGAUGGUUCAAUUCAUGAAGGCGAUGCGGGACGAGAAAGGGGAGAUGGUGAGGAACGCUCAUCUCCUUGGCUUCUUCCGCCGCAUCUGCAAGCUCCUCUUCCUCCGCACCAAGCCCGUCUUUGUCUUUGAUGGUGGCACCCCUGCUCUCAAGCGCCGCACCGUUGUGGCCCGCCGCCGCCAGCGCGACAACGCUCAGGCCAAGAUACGCAAGACCGCCGAGAAAUUGCUUCUCAAUCACCUCAAGGCACGAAAACUUGAAGAAUUGGCGAAGGAUAUCCAGAUUAGAAAGGAGAAGGAUAGUUCCAAGGGAAAACAGGUUUUACCGGAUUAUGAUGAUUUGAAGGAGAACAAUCCUGAAAGAAAUGAGACAGAUAACAGAACAUACAAUCAGGAAUCCCUUGAUCAAUUGCUGGCGGCAUCCCUUGCUGCAGAGGAGAAUGGGAAUUUCACUGGCAACGCUUCGACCUCAAUGCUUGGUAAUCCUCCUGAAGAGGAAGAUGAUGGUGAUGAGAAUGAGGAGAUGAUAUUUCCAGUAAUGCCCGGGAAAGUUGAUCCAACUGUUUUGGCUGCGUUACCUCCAUCUAUGCAAUUGGAUCUUCUAGUCCAGAUGAGGGAGCAAUUGAUGGCAGAAAACAGGCAGAAGUACCAGAAAGUUAAGAAGGCUCCUUCAAAAUUUUCUGAGCUACAAAUACAAGCUUAUCUCAAAACGGUUGCUUUCCGUCGAGAGAUAGAUGAAGUGCAAAAAUCUGCUGCUGGAAGGGAAGUAGGCGGCAUGCAAGCUUCACGCAUAGCUUCCGAACCCAAUCGUGAAUUCAUAUUUUCAUCAUCAUUUACUGGUGAUAAACGAAUAUUAACGUCUGCGGGAGUGGAGGAAAAUAGAGAUGCAGAGCAUCAGACAUUGGGGAAGGAACCUGCCCAUUCAGCUUCUGUGGAUAGUAUUUCCUCUACUUCUCAGAUUCAUUCUGUCGCAGUUGCUGAUGUUGAUGAACCUACAAGGGGUUUCAAUCCUGACGUAGAGACCUACAUUGAUGAAAGGGGACGCAUUCGAGUUAGCAGAUUAAGAGGACUGGGGAUUCGUAUGACUCGGGAUUUACAACGUAACUUAGAUUUAAUGAAAGAGUUUGAACAGGAGAAGCAAAAGGAAAAUUCUUGGGCAUAUGCAGAGGCAAUAGGCCGCAGUAACAUACUUGGUGCAUCGAAAGUUCUUCCUGAAAACAACCAUGCUCCUGAAGCUUUGAUUGGUGAUGAAGCAAAUGAUGAAACCGUUAACUUAAUUGGGAGAACAGAUGGACCAUUAAUUCAAGAAGGUGAGAAUCAUCAUUCUCAUGAGCAGUCCACACAUGGCGGAAAAACUUCCAUAGAGAUUUCCUUCUUCGAAGGUGACAAUGGGCCCAGUGGUACGGAUGUCGAUGAUCUAUUUGCACGUUUGGUGACUGGAAGUUCAAAGUUCUCUUCAGAAAGUGUUCCUUCUGGCAAAUAUUCUUGUGAUAUUUCAUCUGAUUCUGCCUUGGCGGAAGGGGUGCUUGAUGAAGGAAGCUUCAGAAACGAUGUGGAGGAAAGGCAACCAUCUUUGUUGGAUGACAGUAAUUGUGAUGAGGGUGAAGUGGACUGGGAGGAAGGUGUUUGCCAAGUUCCUACGAAUGUUUCUACCAGCCCAACUGAACAUCAAAAAGCUUUUUCAAGAGGCUUUUUGGAAGAAGAAGCUGAGGUUCAGGAAGCUAUAAGGAGAAGUCUCGAAGAUAUUAGGAAGGAGAAGUCUAUCCUUCUAUCUUCUGGAAGGAAAGAUGUAGAAAAUUACAAAGAUGUUCAUUCUCCUAAUAUUCCAUUUGAAAAUGGUAUUGUACGAAGUCAGAAAUCACACGAGACAGUCGAAAGAUUUGGAAGGCUGGAGAAUGGGGACCAAAGGGAUAUCUUACAGAUAAACGAUUCUCCGGACAAGCAAUUAGCCUCAUCUAUAAAGCUGGGAGUUAGAACUGAUGGAAAGUCUGUGGAGAUGGACAAAGAUGGUCAAAUUUAUAAGGCUUGUAAUGAUGGAGUCUGCAAAGAUAGGAGUGAUUGCAUAGAAACACCAUAUUCAGAUCUAGUUACUCUGGAACCAAUGGAGGCUCCCAUAACUGGACAGGAGCAAUGCUUGUAUAAUCCCAAUGAAGGCAAAAGCAUACCUAGUUUCACAGACUGCACAGAUGGUUCUUCUAAGGUUAUUUCUCAUAUUCCUGAGCCAGUGGAAAGUGAUUUAACUGAUGUUAUUCUAGCAGAUACCAACCAAAAUGAUUUGCAAGCUUCCCAUUCACGCCAUUCUUUUGAAAUAGGAAAUGACUAUUCUGAUUUUCAGGAGGGUUCCUCUACAGAGAAAAUGGCAACUGAGAAUGACAGAGAGCGAGAACCUAUAUCGGGAAAAAUUGAUAGCAUUCUUCCUGAUGAGGGAGACAAGAAUAUACAUAACCUAAACUUGGAGUUUCAAGCAGAAGCAUCAGAAACUAGUUUGGAUGAGGAAAUGCUGCUUCUACAGCAAGAACGUAUGGAUCUAGGAGAUGAGCAGAGAAAGCUUGAACGCAAUGCUGAGUCUGUAAGCAGUGAAAUGUUUGCAGAAUGUCAGGAAUUGCUCCAGAUGUUUGGUUUACCAUAUAUCAUUUCACCUAUGGAGGCAGAAGCUCAGUGUGCAUUCAUGGAACUGACGAACCUAGUCGAUGGUGUUGUAACUGAUGACUCGGAUGUUUUCUUGUUUGGGGCUCGAAGUGUUUAUAAGAAUAUAUUCGACGAUCGCAAAUAUGUUGAGACAUACUUCAUGAAGGACAUAGAAAGUGAGCUUGGAUUGACCAGAGAAAAAUUGAUCCGCAUGGCACUCCUUCUUGGCAGUGACUAUACUGAAGGCGUCAGUGGGAUCGGCAUAGUUAAUGCUAUUGAAGUCGUCCAUGCAUUUCCAGAAGAAGAUGGUCUCCAGAAAUUCAGGGAAUGGCUUGAAUCUCCAGAUCCAGCCAUUUUUGGAAAGCUUGAUGCUCAUAUUGGAAGUAAUUUACGGAAAAGGUCGUCGAAAGUAAGGAACAAUGAUGAGACUGGCUCAGCAAACAAUUUAGAUGAUUCUGCACCCGACGAGGAUGUCAUCAAAGGUCGUGAUGAUCAACAAUCAGUGGAUAACCUGUCAAAUAUAAAACAGAUCUUCAUGGAUAAGCAUAGAAAUGUGAGCAAAAACUGGCAUAUUCCUUCAUCUUUUCCGAGUGAGUCAGUCAUUUCUGCAUACACUUCUCCACAAGUGGAUAAGUCGACUGAGCCUUUCUCAUGGGGAAAACCAGAUCAGUUUGUGCUUCGCAAAUUGUGUUGGGAAAGGUUUGGGUGGAGUAACCAGAAGGCGGAUGAACUGCUCGUACCUGUUUUAAAGGAAUACAGCAAACAUGAGACUCAACUCCGGUUGGAAGCAUUUUACACAUUCAAUGAGAGAUUUGCAAAAAUCCGUAGCAAGAGAAUUAAAAAAGCUGUGAAAGGUAUUACUGGCACCCUGGCAUCAGAGUUGAUGGAUGAUCUUCCACAAGAAGGUUCUAAAUCUACAAAGAGAAGAAAUGCAAGAACCUCUGGAACUGAGAAAAACACAUCUGAAAUAUCUUCCAGUGGAAAGAAAGAUGAUGCUGCUGAAAAUGAGGGCACCGCUAUGGAAAAGGCAGCUUCAAAGCAGCCAUCGAAACGGAAUACUGGUAGCCAAUUUAAACAGUCAGCAGCAGGAUGUUCGGAACUGAGCACAACAGUGAGAAGGGGGAAGGGAAGAGGGAGAGGCCGAGGAAGAGGAAGAGGGCGAGGAAGAAAAAAAGCCCCUAGCUUUGAAUCAAGUGAAACCAGCACUAGUGGCGGAGAUGAUGGGAAUGACGAGAAGGAGAUGCAGGACGACAUGACAAAAGAGUUGUCCAAACUGCGCCGGUCAGCACGGCCACGGAAGCAGGUAGAAGAUUUAGCAAAAGAUUUGGAUGUUGAUAGCCCAAGCUGUUCAUCAAACCAAAGCGAUGAUAACUUCUUAGGUGAAAGAGCAGUGGAUCAAGAGCCUCUCUCUUAUCAGGGCACAGUUGGAGAUACACAUGGUCCCAAUGACAGGAACCAAGGCCUUGAAUGUCCAGCCGCGGAUGACUCCUCCAGAGACUAUCUUUUUAGUGGAGGUGGAUUCUGCAUGGCCGAUGAUAGCGGCCAAAGUAACGACCCCAUUCAGACAUUCCCGAGCCCAACAAAAGCUUCCGAUGAACACUUAAAUGGAGGGAGGACAGGUUCUUGUGAACCCAGUCAGAGUUCAAAUGAUAAGCAUUUAUCAGGUAAUGACUGUCCGGUGAACAUAGAUGAAGCUCCACAGGAGAAGAAUCCACAUGAGGGGCACAAAGAUGUAGGCAGUAGAAUCUUGCCCCCACAGAUAACUGAGGAAAGAGAUACUGCUUUGGAAGAAGCAACAGUCGAAGCAGGUUUAAUUGCUAUGCCAUCAUUGAGAAGAAAAAGGAGGAAGACUUGAUUCAAACCCGUGUAGUUGUAAGAGAAUUGCUGCCUGAAUUCCUCAUCAUCGGGAAUGUGUAUUUAUGUCUCUGGGCUAGUUGUGUGUGUGUGUAUAUAUAUAUAUAUAUAUAUAUAUAUAUCUGCAUUUUUAUUUUUUUUUAAAAAACUUUUUAUUUUUUUAUGAGAGUAUGUAGGGCAGCCCCUUUCUAGAGGGAAAAAUCUCAGGCUCGAGUCCCUACAUGUACUGGUUUCUUUCUUUACCUGAAAAUAACUUUUUGGUCGCUAUUUGUAAGCUUCCUUACUAUAAACAUGGAAAGGAAAAUUUUCUAGAUGAUCUAUUGCUGGGGAUCUAUACAGCUGAUUCCUGGUCA